AUGGAUCUGGGGAUCGACGUCUCGUCGAAUGUCCAGGACAGGAUUGACCAGAACUUGUUUGAUGACUCGGACGACUUUUCUAUCCCCGGCGUUGCGCGGCGCGCGUCGCCGCACGCGAAUUCGUACGCCGACCAAACCGACUAUGCUUCGAGCUUCCAGGACAGCGUGAGUGAGCUGCCGGCGCUGCACCGGGAUGCCGAUCCGGUGGUCCCGCCGCAGGUCGAGACGCACGACGAGCUCGCAGUGAAUAUCGACGAGCUCAACGAGCGCAUGCUGGACGACUCGCAGUCGCUGCACGUCUCGAUGAAGGCCUCGCAGGACUCGCAGGACGCGAGCGCCGACGCCGAGGACGAUAGCCGCGUGCUGCGUGCUGCAGACGACGAAGCAUCGACCUCGGAGGCGUCUGCGCCGGACUCGCCGACGUCGCGGGGAACGGGCGCCUCGCCGACCGUCAUGCACAAACGCACGUCGCCUGUUUCUUCUCCGCCGCGCGUCCACGCAUCGGGCGAGUCGGCAGACGACGAAGAGUCGCCAAUCAAGGCGGAGCGGAGCACACGCUCGAUCGCGGGGCGCUCCGACAUGUCGAUGGACCUGUCGAUGGACCGCCGCUCGAUGGAUCGUUCGCGCUCGUUCCGCCAGCCGAUGGUAUCCCUCGAGGACUCGAGCCUCGACAUGUCGCAGUCCGCAAGCGAGCUCUCGGAAGCGUCUGAAGACCGCGCCGCCGCGCCGCCUGCCGCGCCGCGCGUCUCUCCCAGCCCCGAGGCUAUCCCGGAUACGUCGCGUGGCUCGCACGAUACCUCCAAAGCCUCGGCACGCUCGCAGCGCGACGCGUCGCUGCGCUCGAUGCGCUCGCAGCGCUCGCACGAUACCUCGCAGGCCUCGGCGCGCGACGCGUCGCGCGUGUCGGCGCGUUCGCGCCGCGAUACCUCGCGCUCGCUGUCGCACGGCUCGAUGCGCGCCACGCCAGGGCACGCGUCUAAUGCGACCGAGCGCUCUGCCCUGCUUUCCUCGCGCUCGACGCACUCGACGCCGUACACGGUGCGCACGCAAUCGCUGCUGCGCACGUCGUACGCGCCGUCCGAUACGAGCUCGUCGUCGGAGCCGCUCGUCGUGUCGAAUGCGAAUGCGGCGAACCUGUCCAUGCCCCAGCUCGGCACGUACGACGAGCCGAUCGGGACGCACGUCGACCCUGCGCGGCUUGUGGUGUACCAGGACAAGCUGAACAAGCAGCUUGCGGCCGAGAACGAGGCGCUCAAGAGCCAGUGCGACGCGCUCUUUCACAUUAUUCAGACGCACGAGAUCGACGUCGACCACAGCACACUCCCGCUGGACGUCUCGCAGCACAGUGAGCAGGCGCCUACGACGCCCGCGCCCCAGCCCAUGUCGUCGCCGGCCGAGGCGCACCUCAAGCGGCGCAUCCGCGACCUGGAGGCGAUUGUCGACGCGCAGCAGCAGCGCCUGCAGGCGCCGCCCACACCAUGCGCGUCCGACGCACUGCUCGACCGCACGACCGAUACCCUGCAAGACCGCCACGAAUCGAUGCUCGAGGACGUGGACCGUGCGCUGCAAUCCGGCGAGGCGCUCGACGCGUGCGUCGACAAGCUGCGGCAUGCGCUGAACCAGGCGCACGGCGUGAUCAAUGCGAUGCGCGAGCGCCCCGCCAAGGUGCCGGAAGCGAGCGCAGGACCAGAGGCGAGCCACACGCUGAACGACGCGAGCCGCACCGCGUUUGGCUCUUCGCUGCCGUCUGGGCACUCGCUGCGUGCGUCGGUGUCGCAGCGUGCGUGCGUCUCGAUGGACGCCGACGAAGCGCUCGAGGAGCUCGCGCCGCUCCAGGCGACGGUCCACGCCCUGACCGACGAGCUGCAGUCCGCACGCUCGGCGCUCGACGAGGCGAUGCAGCGCUCGCGGGACUCGUCCGUACGCAAGAUCCGCCUCGAGGAGCAGCUUGCGGCGACGCACGACGAGCUCGAGCGCGCUCAUGCGAAGCUCGAGGCCAAGACCAAGGCGAUGCACGAGGUGCACGAGGCGUCGCUCGACCGCCCCACGCUCCAAGCGGCGCUCGCGCAGGCGCAGGCGGACGUGCGCGCCGCCGAGAUGCAGCAGCUGCAGAUGGAGCAGCAGCACCGCGUGCUCGGCGAGCAGCUGCGCAUCGCGACCGAGCGCUACGCGCAGGCGAACGAGAAUGCAGACGUCGCGCGCGACGCGCGCCAUGCGUGCGAAGCCGAGCUCGACGCGCGCAUCGAGCAGAUGGAGGCGCUGCAGAGCGCACUCGCGCUCAAGAACGACGAGGUGGCACAGCUGCGCGGCGAAAAGGACCACCUAUGGGACGAGCGCCGCGAGAUUAUGGCGCAGGUGCACCACUUUGAGCAGCACCUGCGCGAAGUGCGCAGCGACACGGAGCAGUACGGCGCAGACCUGCGCCGCCUCCAGGACGAGCGUCGGACCCACGCGGACGAGGUGCGUGCCGAGGUGCUUGCGCUCGCCAAGCCGCGCCUCGCUGCGCUGCGUGCCGAGCUCGACCAGGAGCGCAAACGCAGCCGCGCGCUCGUCGGCCAGAAAGCCUACCUGGGCGAGACGCUGCGGGCGCACGAAUGGCUCUAUGAGCGCCUAUGCACGCAGUUUACGCACCUCGCGCCGGUCCUGCGCAAGUACGGUGCGGCGCCGCCGCGGCCACGCACGCUGCGCUUCCGUGCGGUGGCGUGGGCGGUGCGUGCGGCGCUGCGGAUGGGUAUGUAG